AUGAAUAAUCAAGAAUGUGAUCCUGAUAAAGGAUGUUGGCUUUUAAGUACUUGUGUAAGUGAUGAUAUAAGCUACUAAUGUGUUCAUGAUCCUAUUUUAGAAUUGACUCCUUAUACAGGUUUUGUUUAUUUCUUAAUCCCUAUUUUAUUGGGGACUAGUAUUAUGGGUGGUUUAGGAAGUGGUAUGAUUAAAAGGCCUAUUUUAAAUCUGUUAUUGAAUUAUCCACCAAAUAUUUCAAGUCAAGUAGCAUAUUGUUUCUUAUUCACAACAUCAACAUUGAAUUCAUUUUUUUUAUUUUUUGAAAAGUAUAUAAGAUAUCAAAAAAUAAUAGGCAUCCUGAUCAUCCUAAUUUACCUUUAAUAAAUUUUGAUAUAAGCAUAAUUUUAAAUUAAACAAUUCCAUUGGCAUGGAGUGCUGGUGCAUUUUUAUAAUAAAGAUCCCCAUUAUUUAUUAUAUACCUAAUAUAAUUGUGUUAUUUAUUAGGUGCCAUACCAUUUUUAUGGAAAUUCAGUAACAAAAUGUUAUUAUUUUAGAACAUUAGUAGAAGAGACUGGAAUAAGACAAGAGAGAAAAUAUUGUAUUGGUCGAUUAAAAAAUCAAGACUUAGGAAGAUAUGUCCAUUGAAACAAAUUUCGAUGAAAAGUUGCUUAAUUAGUAUUAGAAAUUUUAUAUAAAUGAUCAUAAAAUAUUUUAGAUAAAGAAUCUAUGUUUUAUUUUUGGAUCCUUUUUUGUUAAUCAAACAAUAAUACUUAUGAGAUCUAAUAAAUAUAAUAAUUCAAUAAUUGGUAUAGAUAAAUGUACCCUUGAAAAUAAUCUGAUUCUAUUAGCAAUUGUAGGUAUUAACAUUACUUAUACAUUUUUUGUAUAUCGAAGUAAACGAAAUGAAGAAUAUCAUAAAGAUAUAGUAUAAUAUAGACCAAAUUAGAGAUUCUUUAAGGAGAAGAAAUAAUUCUUUUUUUAUUAUUUUGGAGGUUUCUUAGCUGGAUUUAGUACAGGAUUUUUAGGUAUGGGAGGUGGGUUAAUUAUGGUAACUUUAUUAUUAUCAAAAAAUAUAAUUGCAAGAGAAGCAGCUGCCACUGCUGCCUUUGGAUCAUUUAUGAUUUCUCUUAACAGUCUUAUCUUAUUUAUUUUAUAAAAAACAAUAAGCAAUGAACAAAUGAUUAUUUUUUUCAUUUUAGGAGUAAAUUAUUUUAUAACUAUUUAGAUUAUAGCCGUAAUAAUUAUCACUAAACCAUCAUAUAUUUUGAUGUAAAGAUUCAAAGUUGGAUAUAUUAUUUUAAUAGUUGACAUCAUUUAAGUGUCUAUUAAUGUAUUUUCUAUCUUAGCUCUAAUUAUUAUCAAUUCUAUAUUGUAUGGAUUUGAUGUAAUGCUAAAUUUGCAAUUCAGUUGUUGA